GAUCCCGAUCCGUUUCCAUGGGGCCUGGUCUUAGAAAUGUUAAAUUAUGUGUUGUCCCUUUUUUGCUCGGAGCCCGCUGCUGCCGGAGCUUGCUAAAGGCCAGGACCCUCAGGAAGAUGACACCUAAAAAGUCCAGCUCUAAUGGGCGUAACUCCACAGCGGACGGUCAAUACGCCACUAUGACGGAGAUCAAGAAGAAGAUGUUUAAAAGCUUCGGCCUGGAGCCUGGGUUCACCACGGAGCCGAAGUCCAGGGAGGAUCUACUCAAGUACCAACCCAAGCUUGAGGACUUACCUGCGCGAUCUAUGCAGGACUCCUUUUGCUCGGCCAUCAUUCCGCUGAGCACGAAUGCAGCUCUGCAGGACAAGUAUAUCAACUUUAGAGGCUUCGCGCGCGUUGGCAGACUUCUGGAGGACAUGGACAUCUUUGCCGCUUGGUGCUGUAAUAGACACCUCAAAGUGCCCAAUCUGCCGGAGGGAGUGCCCUUGCCGUACUCCCUUGUGACGGUCCUGGUGGACCGGAUCGACUUCACCAGUGUCUCACCCCAGGGCACCCAAGACAUCCGCCUGUCUGGCCAUGUGUCCUGGGUGGGAACCAGUUCCAUGGAGGUGGUGGUAUGGCUAGAGCAGAUUGUCAAUGAGCAGUAUCAGAAAAUCACGCGAGCUUUGUUUCUGAUGGCCGCGAGAAACGCCACCAACACAGCUGCGGCUCCAGUGAAUCCCAUUCAGCCUGCCAACGAGGAGGAGAAGCUCAUCCUAGCUGGCGGGACCGACAGGAAAAAGCAACGACAGCUACUCAUGGCGCAGUCAGUCUUCAAGGUGGAACCCAACGCCGAGGAACAGUCUCUCAUCUACAAGCUCUACAAAAGGACUACUCCAGACGAGCAAACGGGUCCGCGCCGCUUCCUGCCUCCCAACUGCAUUUGGAUGCACGACUCCUCCCAGAUGAGCACUAUUCCCUCGUUCCCGGAGCACAGAAACCAAAACAACACUGUCUUCGGAGGAUUCCUCAUGCGCAGUGCCCUGGAGAUUAGCUGGGCAACAGCGUUCCUCUACCUCAAGACCAGACCCACGCUGGAGCACAUCUCUGACAUUAGUUUCCAGAAGCCCGUCAGCGUGAACAGCUUCAUCAAGAUGACCGCGUAUGUGGUGUACACGCAGGAGAACUAUCUGCAGAUCAUGACCGUUGCCGAAGUCCUGGACGCGUACACGGGGAACCACGUGACCACCAACACGUUCCACUAUACCUUCUCCUCUCCAGACGCGGUUACUGAGGUGCUGCCUCGCUCCUACCACGAAACCAUGUGGUACAUCCAUGGUCGCCGCAAGUUCAUCGCCAGCAGGAGCCAAGCCUCAAAAAAUCCCCGCUAAGUUUAAAUUCACGUAGUCAGUAUUUCUCAUAGCUAAUGUACACAAAGACUGGAUUAGUUUGAGCAAAUCUUGUCACAUCUGUUAACCGAACUGUGCCAGGUGAUAGUUCCUGAUCCAAAAAUCUAUAUGAUGCCUAUUAAAUCGCCUAACUAUUCAAUUCCUUAUCGAAA